AUGGCCGAGGAGCUCUCCGCGGCCACCCCGUACACAGAGGAUGAUUUCUACUGCCCCGUGUGCCAGGAGGUGCUCAAGACGCCCGUGCGGACCGCGGCCUGUCAGCACGUUUUUUGUAGAAAAUGUUUCCUGACUGCAAUGAGAGAGAGUGGAAUACAUUGUCCCCUCUGUCGUGGAAAUGUGACUAGAAGAGAGAGAGCAUGUCCUGAACGGGCCUUAGACCUUGAAAAUAUCAUGAGGAAGUUUUCUGGUAGCUGCAGAUGCUGUGCAAAACAGAUUAAAUUCUAUCGCAUGAGACAUCAUUACAAAUCUUGUAAGAAGUAUCAAGAUGAAUAUGGUGUUUCUUCUAUUAUUCCAAACUUUAAGAUCUCUCAAGAUUCAGUAGGGAGCAGUAAUAGGAGUGAAACAUCCACAUCUCAUAACACAGAAACUUACCAAGAGAAUACAAGUUCUGGACAUCCAACCUUUAAGUGUCCCUUAUGUCAAGAAUCAAAUUUUACCAGACAGCGUUUACUGGAUCAUUGCAACAGUAAUCACCUAUUUCAGAUAGUUCCUGUGACCUGUCCUAUUUGUGUGUCUCUUCCUUGGGGAGAUCCUAGCCAGAUUACUAGAAAUUUUGUUAGUCAUCUAAAUCAAAGACAUCAAUUUGAUUAUGGAGAAUUUGUGAAUCUUCAGCUCGAUGAGGAAACCCAGUAUCAAACUGCUGUUGAAGAAUCAUUUCAAGUAAACAUCUGAAAAUUGUAGACAUCUCUGCAUCUUUGUUCCUGCAAGUGCCA